AUGGAAAAUCAGAAACUAUUGGAUUUAGAAACCAAUUUAACAGAAAACGACCAGAAAACUAUUUUUUCGGACACUGAUGAUGGAUCUGAAGGCUUAAAACACAAAUAUGAAAAUGCUAUUGAUGAUGACCUUAUCAAUGUGCCAGAGAAAGUGGUUAAUGCUGAAAAGACAGCUCCACUUGAAAACACCUUUGAGGUAAUUGAUCAGGAAUCCAAACCAAUUCAUGAUGUCCAGGAAGAAGUUGAAGAUAACAACAUAUCUGACGAAGAAAAAGAUAACUUAUUUGAAGACGAUCCAGUGUCUAAUACAAAAGUCGAGGAUAUUCCAAAUCUCCCAAAAAUAGAAUCUCCUAAAGCAGAAGAACCAGAAAAUGAACCUGUGAAUACUGUACAACCCAAAGUAAAAACUUCAGAGACUCCAGAAGUUAUUCCAAAAGUGUCCACUAAAAAAGAUACUGAUGAAGGAGAUGUAUGUGACAUAAAGAUUGGACCUGAUGAACUAUUUUGUAGAAUCGGAUUAGAUAAAUGGUUUAAUCCCGAGAAAUUACCACCAAAAGGUAUGUUCUAUUAUUAA